UCAUAUAAAGGAAAAGAAUGAAACCAAGUUCUAUAGGAGGAAUUCAUUUGAAAACGAGUGAGAGAAUGCACAGCUUAAAUUAAAUCUAAUUUAUUAUAGAUAGAUAGAUGAUAACGACAGUAGCUAAUUUGAUCAAUACUUGUUAACUUCUUUACUUUUUUUAUUUUUUAGUUGUUUGAUAUAAUUGUUAACUAAUUAACUAACGUCUUUACUAUUGAGGAGGAGUUUAUUGAAAUCACUGCAGUUUUCAGCCACCACCAAGUAUAUAUAUUUUUUUAUACAAUUUCUGGCACCCCACAAAAAUAUAGAGAGAAGAAAAAAAAGAUAAGUGGUUACAUUAAUUGUAGAUUGAAUUAAUAAAAAAGGUAUCCAUUUUAGGGAUAAAUUUUGCAUAUAUCUUUACAUAUGGUUGCACGGUCAUUUUGGCAUAUUUAUUUUAUAUGAUUUAGAGAGUGUUAUAAUUAGCAUCUUUGGUACGUCUGAAUGGUCAGUGUGAUUGGAUGUUAACCUUACACAUUGGGCUCCCUAGCUAGCUAUGAAGGUGAGAGAGGUUGAGCUAACUGUUUUCUAAUUCCCCUUUAUAUAUAUAUAUAUAUAUAUGUGUGUGUGGAUUGAAGUACUAGUGUAUGUAUGUAUGUGUGCAUGUCACAUAAGUAAAAUAUAUGCACACAAAACCAAACUGAAGAAAAAACAAUUAAGCAAGCUUGCAAAUAAGUUAAUACUAUAUUAUGGAGUACUACUCAAAUAUAAUAAUUAAUAGUAAUGGUGCGGGGUUAGUGUUGAUGAUGUUUUUACUUGAAGUUGCAGUGAUCAUGUGUUCCAAAGGUAGUAGUAGUAGUAUGAUGAUAAUCGUAUCUAAGGAUGGAAGUGGAGAUUAUAAAAGCGUGGGUGAAGCUAUCAGCAAUGCUCCUGAUUAUAGUAAGCAAACUUACAAUAUUCACAUUUUGGGAGGCAUUUAUGAAGAGUACAUUCUGAUUCCACCAAGUAAGACUAAUAUUAAGCUCCUAGGUCAUGGUUCAACCCACACGAUAAUACUGGGACGCCAAAAUGGUUCCACCAUAGACAUCCGUGGAAAUGGGUUCAUGGCACAGAACAUUGGAUUUGUGAACUCAGCGGGUCUAGAUGCAAGCGCUGCAGUGGCAGUUCGUAACGAGGCAACCAAUAGCAUUUUCUUUCAAUGCUCCAUCCAAGGAUUCCAAGACACCUUAUGGGCAGUUUCAGGCAGACAAUUCUACAAGAACUGUGAAAUCUACGGUACCGUGGAUUUCAUCUACGGCAAUGCAGCCGCUGUAUUUCAAGACUGCAUGAUUUACGCACGCUAUAGACAGUUUGUGACAUUCACCGCUCAAUCACGGGAGAGUCCAAACGAGAAGACAGGUUUCACAUUCCAACGUUGUAAAUUCAGCAUGUCACCUGAGGAUGAGAACAAAAAGUCAGAGGUGGUACGUGCCACGUUAGGACGUCCUUGGAGAGCAUAUUCCACUGUGGCUAUACUGCAGUGUUACAUAGAUUCCAUGGUGGAUCCUGGAGGUUGGGAACAGAUGCCAGGACAGCCCAUUGAUAAGGUUACUUAUGUGGAGUAUAAGAAUGUUGGUCCUGGUUCUAACACUGAUGGUAGAGUGAAUUGGCCUGGUGUUAGAGUUCUUGGCAAUCCAAAUGAAGCACUCCCUUUCACAGCUUCCUAUCUAUUGGAUGCUCACUCUUGGAUUCCAUCUACAGGUGUUCCAUAUGAUACUGGACUUUAAUAUUCUUCUCUUCUCUUCUCUUGUUAUUAUUAGACCAUUAUUCUUAACCUUCAAUAUCACUUCAUCAGAAGUACUAUCAUGUAAGCUACCCAAAAAAGAUAUGUACUAUAUAUCAUGCAUUUACAAAAACAAAAUUAGUAUUAAAUUUGUGCAGUUAUGGUAUUUUUCAUUUGAAUAAACACUUCUAAAAUGAUUGAAAAUAUUACUUUCUAAUA